AUGCUUCUCUUCCCAGCCUGCAACUGUAACCUGCACGCGCGCCGGUGCCGGUUCAACCUUGAACUGUUUCAGCUGUCCGGCUACAAGAGUGGCGGAGUUUGCCUUAUGUGCAAGCACAAUACCGCCGGCCGAAACUGCAACUACUGCAAGGAGGGCUACUACCGUGACAAGAGCCGGCCCAUCACCCACAGACAGGCCUGUAAAGGUAUCUCA